AAAAAAAGACGUCGUUUACAAUUUACAAACAAGAGUCUCUCUCCCAGCUGACAAUCGUUAUAUAAACAAAGAGAAGACAUUCAACUUUCCAAGGUCGAAGCGGAGAGUUCAAGUUCAACAUUAGACACAAUUUGAUAAGAUGAGCGGACGCGACAAUCGAGGCGCCGGCGGGGGCGGAGGUGGAGGCCAUCAUCACCAGCCGCUGAGCAGCGCCAUGGGCAAACUAAAGGAAAAACUAACCAGAGCCGGUGAGGAGCUGGGCUAUCAUCGCGUGGAGAGCAAUCUGUCGGCAUCGAAUACGGGCACCAGUCUGGACACAAUAUUGCCAGAGGAUCCGUUUCCAUUUCCCCAGGCAGCGCCACAGCGUCAUCCGCAGCAGCAGUUUCCCCACUUGCAUCCAGUGCAACAGCAGCUGAGACAGCCACAGCAACAGCUACAACAACAACAACAACAACAGCAGCAGCAGCAGCAGCAGCAACCACAACAACAGCAACAGCUGAGACUGUUGCACGACGUGGACGACGAGCCGCCGCUCUCAUUCCGUCCGCUGCUCGAGGACGACGACAUCAACGAGCCACCACAAGAGAUCCAGCAGCAGAGAUCAGCCCUGCGUUCGAGUGGCAGCUUGGAGCUAACGCCUCUGCCCCCACCGCCCACAUCACUGGAGCCGCAUCGUGAUCGCCAGCAGCGCAGCAUUGUGACUGGGGGGGAGGAGCUGCAGCGCAGCAAGCAAUCGCUGAAGGGCUCGCGCGUCUCCUUCGAGAAGCCGCAGCAGCAGGGCAACAGCAAGGCCGCGGAGAGCAGCGACGAGGAUAGCUUCGAGGAUAAGCGCAUCGGGUUCCAGCAGCAGAAGGCGACCAGCGUGGACCACAAGGGCAUACUCAAGGAUUUGCGUCAUAUAUUGGCCAACGACAAUCGUCGUCAGUUCCAGGCGAAGAAGCACGUCUCGCUUGACAUCAAGGGCACACGAUUUCUGCAGGAUCUGCUCAAGGACUCAUCGUCCGAGGAGGAGUUCCAUAAGACGCGUCGCGAGUUCCAGGGGCGCAAACAUCAGAGUCUCGAUCCACGGGUCACCUUCAAGCUCGACAAAGUAUUACAGGGCUCCAGCACCGACAGUGAUGAGGAGGGCGACGACGCCGAGCACAAGCGCCUAAUACAUCGUCCCAAGGACAUUACCAAGCCAGUCAUUAUCGACCUGAAGGAUCUGGAAAGCGAAAGCGACGAGGAUUUUCUCACCUCGCGACAGAAUUUCCAGCAGCAGCGCUCCAUUAGCACAGAUUCACGCAAGAGCCGUCGACCGUACGAAAUGGACGAGAUGGGCAAUAAACGGGGGGACAACAUACGCCAUGCUGUGCCCUUUGUCCGACAGAUCACCGAGGAUGGCAAGCCCAAGCUGGAGGUCUACAGGCCCACAACGAAUCCCAUCUAUAUAUGGACACAGGUGCUUGCUGCGCUGAGUGUUUCGCUAGGCUCCUUGGUCGUGGGCUUUGCCAGCGCCUAUACCUCGCCCGCUUUGGUCUCCAUGACAAACGCCAAUCUGACGUCCUUUGUUGUCACGCCCCAAGCGGCAUCCUGGGUCGGUGGCAUCAUGCCGCUCGCUGGUCUGGCCGGUGGCAUCGCUGGCGGUCCGUUCAUAGAGUAUCUGGGCCGGCGUAAUACGAUCCUGGCCACAGCUGUGCCGUUCAUCAUUUCGUGGCUGCUGAUCGCCUGUGCUGUCAAUGUGGUGAUGGUGCUUUGUGGACGCUUCUUGGCCGGCUUCUGUGUGGGCAUUGCAUCGCUCUCGCUGCCCGUUUAUCUGGGCGAAACGGUUCAGCCGGAGGUGCGCGGCACGCUGGGUCUGUUGCCCACGGCGUUUGGUAAUAUUGGCAUAUUGCUGUGCUUUGUGGCCGGCACCUAUAUGGACUGGUCGAUGCUGGCCUUCCUGGGCGGCGCGCUGCCAGUUCCAUUCCUCAUACUGAUGUUCCUCAUCCCGGAGACGCCGCGCUGGUAUGUCAGCCGUGGCCGCGAGGAGCGGGCACGCAAGGCGCUCGUCUGGCUGCGCGGCAAGGAGGCCGAUGUCGAGCCGGAGCUGAAGGGCUUGAUGCGCUCCCAGGCGGAUGCCGACAGACAGGCGACUCAGAACACAAUGCUGGAGCUCCUCAAGCGCAGCAAUUUGAAGCCUCUGUCCAUAUCGCUGGGCCUGAUGUUCUUCCAGCAGUUGAGCGGCAUCAAUGCCGUCAUUUUCUACACUGUGCAAAUCUUUCAAGAUGCUGGCUCCACCAUCGACGGCAAUGUGUGCACCAUCAUUGUGGGCGUGGUCAACUUUAUGGCUACGUUCAUAGCAACGGUGCUGAUCGAUCGCGCUGGCCGAAAGAUUCUGUUGUAUGUCUCCAAUGUGGCCAUGAUCCUGACGCUGUUUGUGCUCGGCGGCUUCUUCUAUUGCAAGUCCACGGGCAUGGAUACCUCGAAUGUGGGCUGGCUGCCGCUGAGUUGCUUUGUCGUUUACAUUUUGGGCUUCUCGCUGGGCUUCGGACCCAUCCCAUGGCUAAUGAUGGGCGAGAUUUUGCCGGCCAAGAUACGCGGCUCCGCGGCCUCAGUGGCCACCGCCUUCAACUGGUCCUGCACGUUUGUGGUGACCAAGUCCUUCCAGGAUAUGAUAGAUGUUAUGGGCGCACAUGGUGCCUUUUGGAUGUUUGGCGCCAUCUGCUUCGUUGGCCUGUUCUUUGUGAUAUUCUAUGUGCCCGAGACGCAGGGCAAGACGCUGGAGGAUAUUGAGCGCAAGAUGAUGGGACGCGUCCGUCGCAUGUCCUCGGUUGCGAAUAUUAAGCCAUUGUCCUUCAACAUGUAAUUCUGAUUGGUGGCAUACGGAAUGUGAAGGAUCAUUGAAGCGAUCAAACCAAAUAUUAGUCUAGUGCCUUAGUGCUUAAGUUGUAUAACAAUGACGUCAUCGAUAACAUCGAUAAUUGGAGCUGGCGUCGAUUGUCGAUUGAGCGUGGCUUUAUUUUUAUUUAGCAAAAGAAUUUCCUUUAUUGUUAUUAUUAUUAUUAUUAUUUAUAUCGUCGCUAAGUCGCAUUAGUUUCUAUGAUGCUGUAAAUUAUGAAUUAUGAUGCUGCUAAUCAUCGAUAAAUCUCUGUAGAAAAUGACAUAAGUAGUUGAUAAGCCUAACAAAAAAGCCAAGUUAAUCACCAUCCCACUACUAUUGUAAUCCCUAUCCCCCACCUCUAAACAAGUUCAAUCUAAUUGGCUAUUCGAAUAUAUCUAAAGAAGAA